AUGGAGUUUUUUAAUUCUGGCUUGGGAAAAAACAUAACUUUUGUGCGUCCUGCAUAUUUUAAAAUAGCUGGUUUUAUAGGGAUACCUCAUAUGAAUUAUUACUAUGCCUUUCUCUUCUUUGUCUUCUUUAUUUCAGUGUUGGGAAACACAGCUGUAAUGACUGUGAUUUACUUGGAUCAUAAUCUGAGGACUGCCAAGUAUGUGGCAGUUUUUAACCUCGCAUUUGUGGAUUUGUUGGGUAGCACAUCUCUUGUCCCAAAAGUCAUUGACACUUUUUUGUUUAAUCACUACUAUAUCUCUUAUAAUGAGUGCCUGACAUUCUUUUUUUUCUGCUUUACAUGUCUUUCAAUGCAGGCCCUUAACCUGGUUGCUCUUUGCUAUGAUCGCCUGGUUGCUAUCAUGUUUCCGCUGCAUUAUCAAGUCACAGUGACCCCCAAGAUCAUGCUGUCUAUAAUCCUUUCUUUCUGGCUCUUUGUCAUAGCUGCUGUUUUAUCUGCAGCCGGUCUUUUGACAAGACUUUCCUUCUGUAACUCAAUUGUUAUUAACAGUUUCUUUUGUGAUCAUGGCCAGAUAUUCCAAAUAGCCUGCAAUGAUUAUUCUCCAAGUUAUAUAUUUAGUGAUGUGUUGAUAGCUAUGAUUCUGUGGAUUCCUCUAAUUAUUGUUACUUCUAGUUAUAUUUGUAUUGGUUUUGCUCUCUGUAAAGUGUCCACAGUCCAUGAAGGAGUGAAAGCUUUUAAAACGUGUGCAGCUCAUCUGUCAUUAGUGGCAAUCUAUUUCAUACCUAUUUUAAUCACAUUCACUAGAAAUGUACAUCCAAAUUACAGGAUCAUAAACCUGUCUCUGACUGCUGUCUUUCCUCCCAUGUUAAACCCAAUCAUUUAUGUUCUGCAGACACAAGAGAUUAAAGCAUCAUUUAGAAAAAUUCUGAAAAAUAGAAGUCAGUCAAAAGUUACAGGAAAGUAA